GCCAGGGGGCGCUGGCUGCCGGUAGCUGCGGCGGCCUUGGCCGCGGAGCCAGCGAGCGAGCCCGGCUGGCUGGCGUUGAGGGCGGACGCCGGCUUCCCCAACCCUCGCGGGGUCUGCGGGGCCCGCCCGGGACCAAGCGGCGGAGGUGGCGGCGGAGCGCGGCCCCGGGAGACCCCCCUCGCCAUGCAGACCCAGCGGCGCCUGCUGCCUCCCGAGGAUCAAGUAGAACACUCUGAUUCAGCAGAACUGGCUGGUUGUGCUGCAGUCAUCAUGAGUAGGCACAGGGUCAUUCGUUUCUUAACAUAUGUGUAAGGGAAAAAGGUUCAGACAAGAAGCUGGUGGGCUCUCCCUGACAAAUGGAGAACUAUUUCCAAGCAGAGGCAUAUAACCUUGACAAGGUUUUAGAUGAAUUUGAGCAAAACGAAGAUGAUGCUGUCUCACCUACACUGCUGGGUGCAAAGUGGAGUCAUAUGCUAGAGCCACCUUCUCGUCGUCUGCCAUUUAACCCAGUCGUGGCCAGAGUGAGUGAAGCUACAGCUACUAAUGAAUGUCAACAGAGAGGAAGGUCUUUCUCCUUGUCUCCUUCAGUGACUACACCAACAGCAAAAGGAGAUCAUUGUGCUAAUGGCAAGGAUUUUAGCAUAAGCCCGGAGACCCCAGUCAUGUGGAUUGAUGAUCACUCAGCAGCAGACGAGCAGUUGGUGAAAAGAAAUAGUGAUGGGGGUGACCAGUGUAAUGCUGUGCAAGCAGGAGAAAAGAGAUGUGGAAGUGUAGCUUGUUUGCCAGAGGAGAAGAAUGUGCUGGUGGUGGCAGUCAUGCAUAACUGUGACAGCAGAACACUCCAAAGCGACGACUUGCUUGAUUGUAAGGACUGCACCAGUCAGCCCCUGAUGGACAACACUAGCUUUACACUGGAUAGUGAACACCAACAGAGUGAACAGUUUGGCAUUACUGUCAAUGGAGCCACAGAAAAGGGUGGAGCUCCAGAGAAGCAAAUGCUGAGGCUGUGUGCUGAUGGUGACUCUGUAGGUCCUUUGGUGAAUGCUUCAUCUGAAAGCCUGCCCCUUGCAUGCCCCUCCUCAUGCUUAAAGGAUGAUUUUAAUGUGAGCAAAGAUUCACUGUUUUCAGGAGCUACAGCUGCAGGGGUUAAUUCAGUGACUGUCUUGCAGAGACGUGUUCAAAUGGAAGAAGAUUGUGUAUCAGUUGAAAAUGUUCUCAGUAAAGGCAUUUUGCCCAGCAUAGAUCCAGAAGCUCACAACUCUUCUAUGCCACAUAACGGAAGCUUCAUUGUAGAGCAGGAAACAACCCAACGGUUACAGUGCAGGCUGUCUGGACUCACUGAAACCUGUCAGCCUGACCUGGCUGGAAGUGGCAGUUGCAGGGAAAGUGGUGCAGAGCAUUGUGCCCCUGAGGACAUUGGUGCCACCCAAAGCAAAGUCAUUGAAUGGGAUGAAAGUCCUGGCACAAUAGAAGCGCUUGGCCUGUCGGAGGAUUGCACUGAGUCUCAAGAGAUGGCUGACUGCGAACUGCCAAAGUUGAAUGAGAUGAAUAAUAAGCAAACUCUGGGAGAGAAUGAAAGCCUUCUGCAAACAAAGUGGCCUGAUGAGGCAUGUAGUAAUAGUAAAGAAUGUGAAGAUGGGGUGAUGGAAGCACGCAUAGACUUAAAAGGGACUGGUAUAGAUGAGCUUGAAAGGUCCAGUCUCUCUGAUGUAAUGGCUACAUCAGCAGCAAGCUCUCUGUCUAAUGGUUGUGAUUCCUAUGGAAUGCAGAACCCAGCUGUUGCUCAUGUUCCAAAGACUUUACCCUCCAAGGAAGACUCGGUAACAGAGGAAAAGGAAAUAGAGGAGAGCAAGUCAGAAUGUUACCUGAAUGUUUAUGAACAGAGAGGAAAUGAGACCACUGAUGGCAGUGGGCUGAUUUUAAACAGCACUGGUGACCACAUCAAGAAAAAUUAUUCACACAAUCUUUGUAGUCAGGUUUCAUCCACACAAGGGCAAAACUCACCCAAGCCAGUGACUAAUCUACAGUCACUGAGUGUUCCUUUUGGUGGUGCGAGACCUAAACAGCCUACCAAUCUUAAACUGCAGAUCCCCAAGCCAUUGUCAGACCACUUACAGAAUGAUCUCAUUCCCCCAAACUGUGGAGGUAACAGCAAAAAUAAAAACGUCUUUGGUAAGACAUUAGGAGAUGCCACAGAUGUGUUUCCUGGUGAAAUAUCUUCAAAUGCCUCUAUUGCUGGUACUAAUGGGGAACAUUUGGAAGAGUAUGAAUCUGGAGUCUCUAAUAGUCCGUGCCUUGCAGUAGCCCCAGAUAGCCCAGACAAUGAUCUCAGAGCUAGUCAGUUUGGAGCUCCAGCUAGAAAGCCUUUUACGACUUUGGGUGAGGUGGCUCCAGUUUGGGUUCCAGAUUCUCAAGCACCAAAUUGUAUGAAAUGUGAGGCCAGAUUUACAUUCACCAGAAGAAGACAUCAUUGCAGAGCUUGUGGGAAGGUUUUCUGCGCGGCGUGCUGUAGCCUGAAGUGCAAGCUGCUGUACAUGGAUCGCAAGGAAGCCAGAGUGUGUGUCAUCUGCCAUUCAGUGCUGAUGAAUGCUCAAGCCUGGGAGAAUAUGAUGAGUGCCUCCAGCCAGAGUCCUAAUCCAAACAAUCCUGCUGAAUACUGCUCUACCAUCCCUCCUCUGCAGCAGGCUCAGGCAUCAGGUGCCCUGAGUUCCCCGCCUCCCACUGUCAUGGUACCUGUGGGAGUUCUAAAGCAUCCUGGAGCAGAAGUGGCUCAACCUAGAGAGCAAAGGCGUGUUUGGUUUGCUGAUGGGAUAUUACCCAAUGGAGAGGUUGCUGAUGCAGCAAAACUGACAGUGGCUGGGACAACUUCCACAGGAACCUUAGCAGUGUCCCAUGAUCCAUCAAAACCUGUGACCAACAACUCUCUAUCAGCAGAAACUGAUAAUGCAUCCGUGUUUUCGGGAAACAUAACUCAGGUUGGCAGUCCUGUUGGCAGUGCAAUGAAUCUAAUUCCUGAAGAUGGUCUUCCUCCAAUUCUCAUCUCCACUGGAGUAAAAGGAGAUUAUGCUGUAGAAGAGAGACCUUCUCAGAUCUCUGUCAUGCAGCAGCUGGAGGAUGGUGGCCCUGACCCUCUUGUGUUUGUUUUAAAUGCUAAUUUGCUGUCCAUGGUAAAAAUAGUAAAUUAUGUGAACAGGAAGUGCUGGUGUUUCACCACCAAAGGCAUGCAUGCCGUGGGGCAGUCAGAAAUAGUCAUCCUCUUGCAGUGUUUGCCCGAUGAGAAAUGUUUGCCUAAGGAUAUCUUCAACCAUUUUGUGCAACUCUACCAGGAUGCCUUAGCAGGCAACAUUGUUGGCAAUCUGGGACACUCCUUUUUCAGCCAGAGCUUCCUUGGAAGCAAAGAACAUGGAGGGUUCUUGUACGUUGCAGCCACGUACCAGUCCCUGCAAGACCUGAUACUGCCAACCCCACCAUACUUGUUCGGCAUCCUCAUUCAGAAGUGGGAGACUCCCUGGGCCAAGGUGUUCCCCAUCCGCCUGAUGCUGAGACUUGGAGCUGAGUACAGACUUUAUCCGUGCCCACUCUUCAGUGUCAGAUUUCGCAAGCCUUUGUUUGGCGAGACGGGACACACCAUCAUGAACCUCCUUGCAGACUUCAGAAAUUACCAGUACACGCUGCCUGUGGUCCAAGGCUUAGUGGUUGAUAUGGAAGUCAGAAAAACCAGCAUCAAAAUCCCCAGCAACAGAUAUAAUGAGAUGAUGAAAGCCAUGAACAAGUCCAACGAGCACGUGCUGGCCGGCGGCGCCUGCUUCAACGAGAAGGCAGACUCCCACCUGGUGUGCGUGCAGAACGACGACGGCAACUACCAGACACAGGCCAUCAGCAUCCACAACCAGCCCAGGAAGGUGACUGGUGCCAGCUUCUUUGUGUUCAGUGGAGCUUUAAAAUCCUCUUCAGGCUUCCUUGCCAAAUCCAGCAUCGUAGAAGAUGGAGUAAUGGUCCAGAUAACUGCAGAGAACAUGGACUCCUUGAGGCAGGCCUUGAGAGAGAUGAAAGACUUCACCAUCACUUGUGGCAAAGUAGAUGCUGAAGAUCCUCAGGAACACGUCCAUAUUCAGUGGGUGGAAGACGAUAAGAACUUCAGUAAGGGUGUUGUAAGCCCUAUUGAUGGCAAGUCAAUGGAGUCUAUAACAAGCGUGAAGAUCUUCCAUGGCUCAGAGUACAAGGCGAACGGGAAGGUCAUCCGGUGGACAGAGGUGUUUUUCCUGGAAAAUGAUGAGCAACACAAUGGUUUGAGUGACCCAGCUGAUCACAGCAGGUUGACUGAGAACGUGGCUAAGGCUUUCUGCUUGGCUCUUUGUCCUCAUCUGAAGCUGCUGAAGGAAGAUGGAAUGACCAAGCUAGGGUUGCGUGUUACACUUGACUCAGAUCAGGUUGGUUACCAAGCUGGGAGCAAUGGACAGCCACUGCCCUCUCAGUACAUGAAUGACCUGGACAAUGCCUUAGUGCCAGUGAUUCAUGGAGGGGCAUGUCAGCUGAGCGAGGGGCCAGUCAUAAUGGAGCUCAUCUUUUAUAUUCUGGAAAACAUCUCAUAAGAGGACUUCAUUUUCUGUUCAGACCUGUUCCAGCAGCAGUUGUAUCUGAAUCAUUUGCACUUUAAAACUGGAAAAUUAAGCUUUUGUUAACACUACUGGGGAGGGAGGGGGCGGGACAGUUGUUCCAUAAUUCUAAAUCUUCUAUGCAUUGUCAACAACCAGAGGAUCAGGGCAGCUUCUAUACUGCAACAUGGCUACGCUCUCCUUGCAGCUACUCCACUUCUGUUACUGUUUAGACAAAUGCUGAUGUUAGAGACUUGCAGUCCUGUACUCGCCGUGCUCAAACGGGCGCAACGGUCCCGAGGGCGUUAAUAAAAGGUGAAACUCCA